AUGGAUGGAAUCGUGCAUAUGUGGCUGCUGGCAGGGUUCAUCCAGGUAAGAUACACACACACAUCUACACCCACACAGUUUAUAGCUAUGCGUUUUAGGUGAAACAGUUAUGAUUUAUCACAACGCUCUUCUUUUAACCGUAUGUGUCAAAGUUUCAAAUAUGACACAUGCAGUCUGAGCUAUGUAUAGAAUGUCUGAGGUUGAAAAAUUGCUCUUUUCUCUUUCUCUUUCCAGGUGGUCAGUCUCUCGUGUGUGCGGUGGUCAGAUCCUGCGGUCGCGGUUGUUGAGCUUGUGUUUGGCCACUUCCCCACCAGUCAGGAUCCAGACUGCUACACCGUCUCCUACCAGAUUGCACGCAACCUCACGGUCAGAACGUAAACCACCACACAACCUCCAUAGAAACACCACAACACCAGCACCCAGCCUCACGGUCCUACCGCACAGUCACCGGACAACCACAACGAUAUCGCAACCACUAAACAACUCUCUGUCCCGUCCCUUCAGGUGUGGCUGGAUCCUAUUGGCCACUCUGAGUGUUCUCCUGACUGCAGGCUGCUGCUGCGAUUGGCCAAUGAGCCAGGAGGAAGUGACAUCACGCUGAAAGCUAUCAAAAACAACACCACACUGAAGACUAAGACCUUUCAUAUCGGUGAGCCUUACUCUGACCUAUAUGGUCCUGUUAUGAAACAGAAGUUAAAAGAUAAUGGAUUCAAUUAAAUGGUUUACUGUUUCACAGUUAUACUUUUGGAGUUGUAACAGGUUUAUGUGUGUGUGUGUGUGUGUGUGUGUGUGUGUGUGUGUGUGUGUGUGUGUGUGUGUGUGUGUGUGUGUGUGUGUGUGUGUGUGUGUGUGUGUGUGUGUGUGUGUGUGUGUGUGUGUGUGUGUGUGUGUGUGUGUGUGAGUGCAUUUGUGCAUGUUUGUUUGUGCGUGCGUGCAUCACUGUGUAGCUCCUGUCCCCCUCUCCUGUCUCCGUGUCGAGGUGACCACCACCAGCACUCUCCUGACCUGCAGCCUACAGAACAGACAGAGCCUCACUGCUCUCAGUCUACACAACACACACAUAAAACACACACACACUGAAUACACACACACUGAACACACACACACCUCUUCGUACGUAGUGAGAGGUCUGCAGCCUGGAGCAUACUACAGCAUCACAGCAGAGUUGACCACGCCCCUCACACACCUCAACAUCAGCCUCACCCAGAGACUACACACCACCAUGGAGACAGGUACAGCACACACACACACACGCACACACACGUAAUAAACGUUGACCGCUGUAUGUCUAAGUUGACCGUGAGUUGACCACUGUCUCUCCUCAGCCCAGUGUCCUAUUGGUUGGCUGGCGAGUGGAAGGAGCUGCUACAGUGUGAGUAGGCGGAGCCUGUCGUGGGGCGACGCCCAGCAAACCUGUAUGGGCAUGGUUUCAGGAGGACACCUGGUGGAUGUUAAAACAGAGAGAGACCUCCUCCUCCUCUCCUCUCACCUGACUACACACAACAACCUGCUACUGCUCUGGACCGCUCUCAACGACAGACAGGUAACACACACACAUGCAUGUGAUAGAAAUGGCUGUGUUAGCAUGAAUGGUGUUUGCUUUCUAAACAGUCAGACACAUUAGCUUCCUCAUUACAGAGGAGUGUGUUAGUCUGUGAUUUAAAGCUGAUGACUGGGACAUUCUCAGCCUGUGUCUGACACGAAAACACACAUCAUGUUUUUUGUUGUUGUUUGUCUUCACAGGAUGAGGGGCUGCCCCACUGGUCUGAUGGCUCCUCCUACAACCUGACUAGUGCUAUGACAUCAUCAUCACUGCCAGCCAAUCAGACGGACUGUUUUGCCCUACAGAGGAACACUACUGGACCAGGCUACUUCCUGACUUCGUUCUUCUGCCACAUUCCUUUACCCUUUAUCUGUCACUGGGAAAGUACGCAUUAAUACAUUCAAUACCAGAGUAAAUAAACACCCUAAUAUCCCUUUACUCCUUCCCGACACCCACUAACCCUGUCUCUCUUGCUUUCUCUCUCUCUCUCUCUCUCUCUCUCUCUCUCUCUCUCUCUCUCUCUCUCUCUCUCUCUCUCUCUCUCUCUCUCUCAGUCCCUCUCCUCCCUCCUUUAUUCACCUUUGACCUGGUGGAGGUAACAGAGAGAGAAGCAGAGCUCCACUGGAGUGACCUUACAUUCCUAAACUCCUCCCACCCUGCCCCCCAGCUCUAUGUCCAAUACCAAGAAAAGGAGGAAGAACAUGGGGAAGAGAAGAAGAAAGUAAGGGAGGAGAGGAGGCAUGCAGGUCGUGUCCCAGUGUCUCUAUUCUCCAGAGGGCUGAAGGUGCCAGGCCUGUCCCCAGGCAAGGUCUACUUUCUGUCCCUCAGAGCCUCCCACCUCACUGGGGCCGCAUGGAGCUUGGGGAGCAUGCACAUUGCUCACACACGGCCCCUUCCCCCUCGAAACGUCAGCAUUAGCAACGUGAUGGCCAGUCAGAUCACAGUAAACUGGACAGCCCCAGACUCCCAGCAUGCUGUGCGGUGGAGCUUUCUGGUUCGCUGGGAGGGUGUAGCGUCAGGCCAGGAGAUGAGAAUGGGUGUGGCCAGCAGCUCCAGGUCGACUAUGAUUGCGGGACUGGAGGGGUUCAGGAAGUACAAGGUCGGAGUUGACUCCGUCACAGAACACGGUGUGGAGAGCUGUGGAGGGGAGGAACUGACCCUAUACACU